UCGCUGUAUGGGGAGAGGAUUCAGUGCUUGCAGAACUUCGUUCUAAAAGACGAAAUGCAAAAACUUUUGAAAAAAUUUCCAAGGGCAUGAUGGAGAGAGGCCACAAUAGGGACUCUGAGCAGUGCCGCGUGAAGGUCAAGGAGCUCAGACAAGCCUAUCAAAAAACAAAGGAGGCAAACGGUCGCUCCGGGUCAGAGCCGCGGACAUGCCGCUACUACGCCGAGCUGCAUGCAAUUCUAGGGGGGGCUGCCACCACUACCCCACCUUUGUUCGUGGAUUCUGGGUCGGGGAUAGUCUCGACGCCUGAGGAUUCUGCCGAUGGGGUAGAGGAGGAGGAGGAGGAGGAGGAUGAGCUUGCAGAGAGCACACAGCACUCCAUUCUCCCCAACAGCCAGGAUCUUUUUAUCACCCUGACUGAAGUACCCUCCCAAGCCUCCCAAGCCAGUACCCAAGACUCUGACCCCAUGGAAGGGACCUCAGCAGCUGCAAAUUCCUCAAGCCUCCCUCCUCCAUCCCGAAGGUUAUCACAGAUAAGGCGUCGUAAGAAGAAGACGCGGGAGGACAUGUUUUCUGAAAUUAUGCAAUCCAGCAGGAGUGACAGAGCUCAUCUGAAUGAGUGGAAGGAAACAGUUUCAAAGUAUAGGAAAGAAGUCAGUGAACGUGAGGAGAGGAGGGACCAACGUGAGGAGAGGAGGGACCAACGUGAGGAGAGGAGAGACGAUCGAGAUGAGAGAUGGCGGCAGGAAGACCAGAGGAUGAAGGAUGCAACGCUGGGGCUGCUCCGGCAUCUGGUGGAGGUUCAGGAACGGCUGCUGGAAAACAGACUGCCGCUUCAGCCCCUGUUCCACCCUCCCCCCUCCCCAUGUUCCGUAUCCUCCUCACCCAGACGUGUAAGAACGCGGGGGGGGAGGCUCCGUACACCUUCCCAUUCCACCCCAGUAGACAGCCCAAGCAAAAGGCUGUCAUUUUUUUAACCUUUUCUUUGUGGCUUUUUCCUUCCCAGCA